CAUUGUAGUGUGUAGAAUCUCACUUGACUUUUGUUAUCUUUCUUUCUUGGAUACAACUUUUCUUUUUUUUGAGAAAACAAACAUGGCUGUUGCCGUUUUCUUUGUCUUUGGCAGCUUGGUGGGUGUUAUUGCUCAGGAAAUGCGUCUGGAGGCGGACAGGCCCUCAAUGAGGGUCACUGUCUCUGACCAAGCUACCUUGAAAUGCUGCUGCAACAAAGAGCCAUCAAAUUUCACAUGGAUCAAAUAUCAAUCAAAUUCUAAAAUGGUACAUGUGACACUGUCAGAUUUUGUGGUUAAAGGUAAUCAGUCUGUGCAUCGUGAUUUAUGGUGCGGCACACUCACCUUCAAGUCGGUCCAGCUGAAUGACACUGGGCUGUACCAAUGUUACCUGACUGGAACCAUCUUUACGUACGGCACCUACCUGCAGGUCUAUGAGCCAAUGAAGAAAACAAUAAAUCUCAGUGAAAGCACCAAAAACACAAUCCUGAUGGUUGAAGGAAUCCUACUGUUUCUCUGUGUGCUGGUCCCAUCUUCCAUUCUUCUGUUUAAGUCAAACAGGCUGAAUGAGCUGGAAAUGAAGAAAGCAAAGAGAGAAGAGGAAAACAUAUAUCAGGGGCUAAAUCUGGAUGACUGUUGUACAACAUAUGAUCAGAUUGAACGCUCCCAGGCACAGGACCCCUACCAGGAUGUGGGCAACAUUAUGGAAGAAAGGGAAGAAAUUCAGCUGGAGAAACCAUGAAGGAAAAUGGAGACACAAAAAACAAGUCUUUUUCAGACAUUACAAUUGUUUUAAAGCAAGCUUAUGGCAGCGAACACUGGAUUUGAGAACAUUUUGUACAUAUGAUAAAUGUAAACCUUUAGCUUCUGAAAUCCUAUUGCUUGAUCAGAAUAUUUUAAGGAUUGUAAUAGCAAUUGCCAAACAAAUCACAUCACCGGGUUCAUUUAAUCGGGACUGUCGCCAGAAUCUUUUUUUUUUCAUGUUCACUACUUUUGUUAAUUCAAAAGUAGCUAUUUGCAUUGCUGCUUUUUUCUUUUCUGAACCCUGACACAAUUAUAUAUACAGACUGUAGCAAAAAAAGAUCCCAUAUAUUCAGAUUAUGGCUUUGAAUAAUAGUGUGCAAUUUAAAAAUUCCUAGAUGAACUUGCUUAUGAGAUUAUUAUUUUUAAAGGCAUAUUGUUAAUUUUUACUUGCAUAUAAUACUUUUAUCGUGUUUUCAUGCUUGAAUUACUAUAUGCAGAACAUACUGGAGAUAUACAGGAAUGCUGAAAUAUUAAUAAAUCUCCUACAAAUGGCUCUAAACUGUGUGAUUAUUAAACAUCGCCUUAAUCUGCAACCUGGUGAAUCAGGCUCAGUAUUAUUUCAACAAAAGGUACAAUUGAAUUACUAUAUGUAUAACAUACUGGAGAUAUACAAGAAUGUUGAAAUAUUAAUAAAACUCCUACAAAUGGCUCUAAACUGUGUGAUUAUUAAACAUCGCCCUAAUCUGCAACCUGAUGAAUCAGGCUCAGUAUUUUAACAAAUGGUACAAUUGAAUUACUAUAUGUAUAACAUACUGGAGAUAUACAAGAAUGCUGAAAUAUUAAUAAAACUCCUACAAAUGGCUCUAAACUGUGUGAUUAUUAAACAUUACCUUAAUCUGCAACC